UUGUAGAUGUCCCUUUUUCAACUUCCAGCCUCUGUUUUGGUUCCACAACACGCAUGGUGACAGCAGGUUCUCCACGAAUUUUGGAGACAUGAGCGGUGACAACAGCGCUGGAGAUGUUUAUGUGACUUUACGGAAUUUACUCAACUCCAUCCAGUGUAUUAGAGACAGAGUCAGAGAUGGAGAGUCAAAUACAUCAGAUGGAGCAUUCAACCUGUCCAACUUCUGGGGCACGCUGAAUCAGGCAGUGAAAUCUGUGUCUCAGGAAGUGACUAAAAUCAGCCUGGCCUUCUCCAAACCACCGCUGCCAUCACUACAGGAUGGAGAGAAGUUGGCUGACUCCAUCCUGAAGAGUGUCCUGACCCUGUCUACUGUUUAUUACUGGUUACCAAAGAGCCAAGGUGUUACUCUACGGCGGCAGAUCAGAGAUGCCACCGUGGAGGUUCUGGAGGGCGUCUCUCAGCUGGUGGAGGUCAUACUGAGCUCACCGCUGCAGAGUCUGACCCAGGACCAGCUCACAUCCACAGGGACUGUUUGGUCUGCAUGUGACCAGUUCACCCAGUUACCACAAGAUAAUAAAGCUGCAGUGCUGGUGGUUUUGUCUGCUCAGACUGGAGUGGUGAAAGACGCCUUAGAGGAAAUUGAACAGGCGCUCUCCGACGCUCAGGACCCAUUCAGCGAUGUCCUCGAUGAUGACGAAGGGGAGGAGCCACGAGGCAACCAGGACACCUAUUGGUCAGACAAGGACCGGCAGGUGAUUGGUCCGUGUCAGGGCCUGAUGAAGGCAUCGACAGCGUGCCUGCGGAAGCUAACGUCAGCUGUAAAAGCUAACGGUGAUGUGACCUCAGCUCAGACCCUGGCCCAACUGGAUGACCUGGCUGACAUGGGCAAGGGCGUCAGCCCCAGUGUUGAUGACCUGGCUCUCUCUCUCUACCCACCCAUGGACUACAGUAGUGUGGAAAACAAUGUUUCUAAACUGGCAGCGCUCCUAAAGAAACUUCUACAGAUUAUCAGGUCCAGUCAUGUGUGUGGGGAGGCAGAGCUGGUCUGGGUCCAGUUCUUAGAUGGAGCAGUGGACCACAACCUCCACAAGGCCCGAGACCUCAUCCAGCAGGGCAGCUGAGUGUGUGUGUGUGUGUGUGUAUGGGUGUGUGCGUGCGUGCAUGUGGGUGUGUGACCUUAGAUGUGCUUUCAGCGCUGCUCAGUGAGAAUUAAAGUUCAUUUGUAUCUCACGUGAACUGUAUUCAGUGUUUUACUCCGAACACAAACCUGUAUGAACCUGCUCCUGAACCAGGUGUGUCAAAUAUAUGCAAAUACGCAUGAAAUCACAGGGUUAAUCUGUGCACACAGUGUGUGUCAGCACAACCACAGCAGAACCACAGACUCCUCUGCGGGUCAACAUGCAUGGACUCACUCAUCUGAGCAAAACCAGAUCAAAAUACAUAAAUGAAGAUACUUUUCACUAGGAUUUCUGUUCUAAAUCCUCUUUUUUUGUAUUUGUAUUGAUAUGAAAUAUUUAAAGGGUGAGAUGGUUUAUUAGUGGUUUUGAUGAGCUGUAGCUGAAAUAACUACUGCAGAUAUUUACAAAGUCUGUGCUCUGUUUAGAAGACCUGAACCUGAUGGUGUAUCGUCCUCAUCAGUCACAGGAGUUACUGAUCAGUUGUCGUCUUCACUGGUUUGCUGAUGUUAUUGUGUGACAUUGUUUUGUAGAGGGUUUUUUUUUUUGUUAAAAAUAAAGAGAAGUGUUGGUUUGUGUUUGAGA